AUUUUGAAUCUGUAGGGGGGCCAAUAUAGACUAAAGUUAAUGUUCUUCAUUCUAUUUAAUCCGGAAUAAGAAACCCUAUCAGCGAGAUUCGUUUCAUUUAACUAUCUAUUGAUUAAAUGGAUCAACUACCUGGAAGAGAACAGGAGUUUCUUGUGGAUCUUGAGAGUGAUGGGGGUUUGAGUGAUAAUGAAUUCACCAAAGUUUGCGGUGAAUAUUCUAGUUUUGAUGAAUCAGGGAAGGGUGGAAUUGGGAUUCAUCUGAAGAAGUUGGGUGAUGAGGAGGAAGAAGAGGAGGAGAAGAUGAAGAAGAAGAACAAGGAGAAACGUAAAAGCAUGAGUUCUGCUAAUUAUAAUAAACCUCCUAGACGACCACCCAGAUAUCCAAAAACAGCUUUAUCACUUGAUGCUGCUGACCAGAGGCUAAUAAAGGAGAUCUCUCGUAUUGCCAUGAUAAAACAUGCUAGGGAUGAGAGGAUGAAGGCAUUGAAGAAGAUGAAGGCUGCCAAGGCAUCAUCAUCAUCAUCAACUGGAAACUUGUUUGCCAUGAUAACCACCCUCCUCUUCUGUCUUGUUCUCAUUUUUCAAGGUAUGUCAAGUAGUAAAAGACUCACAAUAAACAUCCAGAGUCCCCAUCCAUCAUGGGCAGCCGAAAACCAUAUCGUCUCAGUUAAUGAUCCAAGUAACACGUCCUCAACGACCAGUAAUGCCACUCCCUCUGGAUCUCUCGAUUCUCUGAAGCGGAGUUUGACCUUGGAGCCCCAAGAGGAUGAUAAAAGAUCUGUAGGAUGAAAGAAACGUUAUAAUGGUGGUCAAAGAUUAUGAAAU